CCAGCACCUGAGAUACAUCAUCGCUCAAAGGCUCGGAAAGCAUAGCGGCAAUUAAACUUUAAGUGAUACGCCCUCAGGCCAGUGAGAAAUAAUGUAAAAUUGUAAAGGGAAAGUUUUUUCUUAAACGUCCAGCUCUCGUAAAAUAAACGCCUAGGUCUCCUAUUUAUGUCAGCGACGUAGAAUACACGAGCUUUGGUAGGAAAGUUAAAUUGCAGAGCAGCACCGGUUGAGAUGUUGAAAACUUGACCAAUCUUUGCUAGAAAGAAAUUCUUCACCUGUGACCCCAAAAAUUCAGACUUUUAAUACGAAGCAAAAAAACGUUGACAAAGUGUCAUUCAUGUCUUAUUGGUAUCUGAUCAAGCCUGCAACUCGUUCGAGCCAUUCAUUGUUCGUAUUUGUCAGAAAAUGGAUGAACUGUACAUCAUGUAGAUCUGAUUUUUCGAAGCGCCAAUUAGCGUAUGGAUAUCUUCCCUGCUUCCACCCCUUGCUCCUUGUUGGUCAGGACCACGCCCCUAAUCACUGCGCGACGAGGCUCAUGAGGAAAUUCAUUGGUGCGAAACGAUACGCGAAGCGAUAUGAAAAAAUGAGUGACGAAGCAAUAUUACGAACUUUUUUUCUCUUAGCUCUCGAAAAGUCCAUUAAGUGCCAGAUCUAGAAUCGUCCUUCAGAUUCAGUAAGUGCAAGCGUGAAAGAAACAAUGCCUGAAAGCUACUUAAGGUUUUCUCUUGUUCUCACAGAGGUAGUCUAGUAGUGGCUAAAGAAGGGUGAUCAUUCUCGUAUACAAAGACACGGUGUCUGCAGGUGUGAAUCAAUGGGUUACGUCGAGAUCGUUCACCUGUCGUCUCCGAAAUCACGCUCUGCUGAGCAUUUUCAUUACAUGACGGUUGGGUAUAUGACAGAAUAUUCUAUCACCACCCUAUUGCUUCUUAACGUUGCGAUGUCGUCCAUAUGGUAGUUCUGGCUUGCAUCCAAUGAAUGUGACCGGCUCUUUUUU